AAUAUGGUGUGAAAAAUCAAAACUCACAACUCAAGCAUCCCAAUUUCUCUAUAAAUCUCUGCAGAGGGAAAACCAAACGAACACAGUCUUUCAAGAACACCAUGGAUUCCAAGAAGUCUAACAAGAUCAGCGAUAUAGUUAGGCUUCAGCGGAUGCUGAAAAAAUGGAGGAAGCUUGCAAACGCACCAAAGAGCAGCAGCAACACCACAGCUACCACUAACGGCAGUGGCAGUAAGAGCAUCAAAUUUCUGAAGAAGACACUCUCUUUCUCUGAAAUCUCCAUGUCAGCACUUUCAGGCGACACUGUUCCGAAAGGAUAUCUUGCUGUUUGUGUGGGAGAGGAAAUGAAGAGAUUUAUAAUCCCAACAGAGUAUUUGAGUCAUAGAGCCUUCGGGAUCUUACUGAGAGAAGCAGAAGAGGAAUUUGGGUUUCAACAGGAAGGAGUAUUGAGGAUUCCCUGUGAGGUCGCUGUCUUCGAGAAGAUAUUGAAGGUGGUACAGGAAAAGAAGGAAGCUUUGUUCAUUAAUGAGUAUGGUUUUGGGGGAGAGAGUUGCUCAUCAGAAGCUGAGCUGACUCCACCUCACCAUCCUCAGAAUCCACUGUGCAGAUAAUUUUUCAUUUUUUUUUUCUUUCUACUUUCCCCUUUGAUGUCUUCUUUUACUUUCUUUUAGUCUUUGAAGGCAAUGUAUGAGAGAAGACUUUAAAAGCUUUAUAUGAAUAAGGUAGAGUAUAGACUUCUUCUAUCUGCAGGGACCAAGUUACUAUUUCGAAAUUAAUCAAGGAAUCAAAUUAUAAAAGUUCUUAUGUCCA